UCAGUUGCGGUCUGUUGUACUUGUUGAGCUUCAAAGACAAGGCAAAAAAGCUGAUCCUGAAAAGUGCCCCACCACAAGAGUCUUGGGACAGAUAUGACAUCCAAGUCAUGGGAGUAUUCUCAACGUAUGCUGAAGCUCAUGCCAAGCUUGACCGUGCUCAGUAUAUUUCGGACUUAAAUUCAGACAUGAGCGACGAUGGCAGACGAAAGCGACUUCCUCCAUGCCGUCUCAUCCAGGAAUCGGAGGAGCCCACAAUUGGAAGGACGAAGCGUCCACGAGUGUUUCCCCUUCCAGAGUCUUCCGACUCUGAAGACGUCGACAACACACUUCCUGAUGUGCCUCCAAUCCCUCACAAUUUUCCAGAAUGCCACGCAGCAGGCAAGAAGACCAUUGCUCGACCUUGCAGCUCCCAAGGCAGCAAUGAUGAUUCAAUCCAUGACACCAUCUCUGGCACAUUAGAUGAAAUGUGUGGUACAUCAUUUGCUGGAAUGAGUGGUGAAGCAACUAGUCAUCCACGUCAGCACGAAAAUGUUGCCUCCACAACAGAGUUUCAGAAGCAGGUCCUGCAACUUUUACACCUGGUGCGACUGACACAACAAAGGGACAGUGCUGUACUCCAUGAACUUUGCGCACAGAGGGUCACUAGUACGGCUGCGAAACCACUAGGAGCACUAAUAAAACAGCCAUUUGCAUCUUCCGAAGACUUCGAGCAGUUUGAUUCAUCUCUAAGUGAAGAAAGGAAAUUGUUGCUCGCGCAGGAACUUGUGUGCAUUGGAGGAAACGACGUGGGCCAUGCUACCAGGAACAUCUUAGCUUACAUGCUAACAAAUCGUGUUGCCGAAGAAUAUAGCUGGUUUGGCCAGAAAGGGAAGAAAAAGUUUUGCACUCUUCAUGCACCCUUGGUUAUUUUUGAAGCAAUCAGAAUGAACAGGAAGUUCUCAGGAGCUACACGAACGGAAGUGGAAUGUUCUAUAAAGUCCUGGCUCAGACACGCGAAGGAGCGCCGCUGUUCAAAGGAGUGAUGGAACUCCCUCCCAGUAAAUUUGCCUCUGCAUCGAAAAAAGUGACGACUUGCUACAACGUGACUUUUUAUUUUUGUCAUUCAUUUAAUUCAUUUGACAUGACAAGUCUAGUUUUUCAGUGGACUUUCAUUGCACCAACGUGUUUUAGUCAAUUGACUUUUACAAUAUUUCUACCUCAUGUUGUAUUCCUAUUUUUGUACCAUGUGC